CGGAGCGCGGCGGACCUGCGGGCGCCGGAGGAGUGGUACCCCAAGGCCCGCCUGUCGCGGCGGCGCGUCAUCUACCACGGGGGCCCAACGAACUCGGGCAAGACCUACCACGCGCUGGAGGCGCUCAAGCGCGCCGACGCCGACGGGGGCGGCGGCGUCUACGCGGGCCCGCUCCGGCUCCUGGCGCUCGAGGUCUACGAGCGGCUGAACGCGGCGGGCUGCUACUGCAGCCUCUUCACGGGCCAGGAGCGGCGCGAGGUGCCCUUCGCGACGCACGCGUCCUGCACCAUCGAGAUGGUGCCCGUGGGCCGACGCUGGGACGUGGCCGUCGUCGACGAGAUCCAGAUGAUCGGGUCGCCCGACCGGGGCCACGCGUGGACGCGCGCGCUCCACGGGUUGGACGCGCGCGAGAUCCACGUCUGCGGCGCGCUGGACGCGGCGGCCCUCGUGGAGCGGCUCUGCGGCAUCACGGGCGACGCCUUCGAGCUCAAGGAGUACGAGCGGCUCACGCCGCUGACGACGGAGCGCGCGCACCUCGACGGGUGGACGGGCGUGAAGAAGGGCGACUGCGUCGUGACCUUCAGCCGCGACGACAUCCACCGCGUGCGCCGGGAGAUCGAGACGGCCAACGAGGACAUGAAGUGCUGCGUCGUCUACGGGCAGCUGCCGCCGGAGACGCGCGCGCAGCAGGCGCGGCUCUUCAACGACGAGGCGAGCGGCUACGACGUGCUCGUCGCGUCGGACGCCGUGGGCAUGGGCCUGAACCUGAACAUCGGCCGCGUGCUCUUCCGCCAGAUCUUGAAGUACUCGGGCGAGCUCAGCGACGAGGCUUUGGACGGCACGCGGCUGUCGCCCGUCGAGCACCAGCUCGUGAAGCAGAUCGCGGGCCGCGCGGGCCGCAUGGCGACGGCCUUCUCGUCCGGCGGCGGCGGCGUGACGGCCAUGGACGCGCGGGACCUCUCGUACGUCCGCGCGGCGCUCGCGGCGCCGAACGACGCCGUGUCCCGGGCGGGCCUCUUCCCGCCGGCGGAGAUCCUCGCGCUCUUCGCCGCGGAGCUCGGCGACGCGGACAUGGGGCUCGGCGACGUCGUCGCGGCCUUCGUCGAGGCCUGCGACAUCGACGAGUCGCUCUACUACGUCUGCGGGCAGGACGAGGUCGCCAAGGUCGUCAAGAAGCUCGACGACGACAUCCGCCUCGACCUCGCCGACAUGCUCCUCUUCUGCACGGCGCCCUGCAACCUCAACGACCGCUUCGCCGUGUCCAUGCUCAACGCGUACGCGCGCGCGCGCGCCGGCGGCGGCCGCUGCGGGCCGAACGUGCGCCUCCCCAAGGGCCGGCCGUCGAAGCUCAGCGACCUCCACGACCUCUGCUCGAAGCACAACGUGCUCGACCUCUACCUCUGGCUCGCCUUCCGCUUCCCGGAGACGUUCCCCGACUCC